CAGAAGGUUAGGCAUACAAGUGGGAGAAAAUCUUUUGUACGGCUUAUGGAAGAGAGGGGUGAGGAGGCACCGAAUAUGAUUGAAUUUUACAAAGAAACACACUGGUCAUCCAAGAAGGGGAAAUUCAUCAAUGCAGCAAGUGAACAUAAUUAUAAUCUGAUGCUUGAGAGGUUGAAUGAGAAAGAAACUGAAGAAGAUGUUCAGGAAGCUGCUGGUGAUGUUUUCAAGGAGGUGAUGGGGUUCAAAUCUGGGUAUGCACAAGGGCUGGGCCACUCAGUCAUACCUGAGCCCUCCCCGUUCUUGAAAAAGAACAAGGCAUUUAAACGUAUAGUCGAGGAGAAUGAAAGGAACAAGGAAUCUGCAGACUUGUAUAAGAGUAAACUUGAAGCACUCUUGGGUGAUAUGGCUGAGCUUUGAAAACAGUUUUCUGAGCAUGACAAACAAAUUAUGGCCAUGUCAUCACAGUUGGGGACAAGUAGGGAGUCUCAACAAGAGACUCAAGGAGAUGCAUAACAUCUCUCCUCCUUGACAUUUUUUGA